UUUAGUUGCAUUUAUCGAUCGUGACGGAACAAAGCGCAUUCGAGUGCAAGUGAAAGCAUGUUGAAGGCGCGUCUGGAGCAAGAGGCAGUCUUUGGCCGCUGCCUGGCUGCCGCUGAGCCCUUACAGCGCGGCGAUUUACUUGUGGAGGAGCUGCCCUUCGCCUUCGGCCCCAAGAAGGACAGUGGCAUCGUCUGCCUGGGUUGCCAUCAGUACCUACAGUUCGGCGAAGAUGGGGACUCGCUGGAUCGCUGCGAGCUGUGCGAUUGGCCGCUGUGUGGCGUGUGCGCUGGCGGCGAUGAUGACGGCAUUCAUCACCGGAGUGAAUGCGUAGUCUUCUCUGCUGCACGUGUCACAUUCGCCGGCAAUGUGAGCGAGGAUGGCGUCUGUACGCAACUGGAUUGCAUAACACCUUUGAGAGUUUUGCUGGCGAAGGAGGCGAAUCCCAAGCGCUGGGAGAACGAGGUGGCGCCCAUGGAGCACCACGAGUCGGAGCGGCGCCAUAACGAGGAUGUUUGGCAUGCGGAUCUCGUGAAUAUAGCUCAGUACCUGCGCGGUCCAUGCAAGCUGGCCUCACGGUUCAGCGAGGAGCUCAUCAUGCAGGUAGUCGGUGUGCUGGAAGUGAACGCAAUGGAGGCCAGAACCGCAAGAGGAUAUCCGCUGAGGUGCCUCUAUCCAUACACGGGCAUUCUAGCCCACAGCUGUGUGCCCAACACCGCCAGGAGCAUAUAUCCCAGUGAGGGUUUCAAAAUCCGCUUGCGUGCCAUGGUAGACCUGGACGAUGGGCAGCCGCUGCAUCACAGUUACACCUACACUCUGGAUGGCACUGCCCAGAGACAGACGCACCUGCGUGAGGGAAAAUUCUUUACCUGCAACUGCGAACGCUGCCUGGACCCCACAGAAUUACAGACGCACUUCUCCAGCCUCAAAUGUGGCGAGUGUGUGGAGGGUUUCCAAGUGCCCAAGCAGCCAACAGAACUCAGCACCAGUUGGAACUGCUGUGGCUGCGGUGCCAGCACCAGCUACGAGGAUGUGCAGGCAAUCAUUCAGUCCGUCCAGUCAGAGGUGAAUGCUGUGCAGGCACUUGAAAUGGGUCCGCAUCGGCUGGAGGAGGGCGAGCGACUGCUGCGUAAAUACAAAUCUCUGCUCCAUCCGCUUCACUUCAUUGCCACCACGCUGAGGCAGCUGCUUAUCGAGAUGUAUGGCCGAGUGCAGACCUAUGAGAUGGUUCAGCUGACCGACGAUAUGCUGGAGCGCAAGGCGGAGCUUUGUCGCCAGGUGCUUAGCGUGCUCAAUAAAUUUGAGCCAGGUCUGAGUCGCUCUCGGGCCAUGAAUCUGUAUGAGCUGCAUGUGCCGCUGGUGCUGCUGGCGAAGAGUGGCUUCAUAGCCAGCAAACUGAAUGGCGGCGAGCUGCGGGCACGUCUCGUGGACGCCAUAGAUCUGCUCAAGGAGUGCGUGGAAAUCCUGCAGUACGAGGACAAGUGCUCACAAGAGGGAGUCCUAUGCGAGGUGGCACAGCAAGCCUUGAGGCAGCUCACACUGAGUGUCGAGGGUUUGGGCAGUGAACUCGAUUGAUGAA